AUGUCUUCCUCCUCCGGUGCCGCCCAGUCCAAUCUCAAUGGGCAGGUCAUCGAGAAGCUUUCCCGCAUGCACUACGUGCUGUGGCGCACGCAGAUCACACCCCAACUGCGUGGCGCCAGUGUCUUCGACUACAUCGACGACACAUCACCGGAGCCGGCCAAGCUCCGCGCCGCCAAGGACAAGGACGGCAAGGACACCUUCGAGCCCAACCCUCUCCACCCUCUCUGGGUCAGGGAGGACCAGCAGGUGCUCGACUUCCUCCUCAGCAACCACUCCAAGGAGGUGCUGGUCACGGUGACCACGGUCACCAUGGCGAAGGCGCUCUGGACGACGCUGGCGGGCAUGUACUCGUCGCAGUCGCUAAGCCGCGUCAACAACAUCCGGACCUCCCUCAUCAACGCACAGAAAGGUACCCAAUCCGCCGCCACCUACUUCGCCUACAUGCGUGGCCUCGCCGACGAGCUGGCCGCGGCGGGCAAGCCGAUCCAGGAUGAUGAGCUGAUCUCCUAUAUCCUCCAUGGGCUGGAUCUGGAGUACCAGCCCCUGGUCUCAGCCCUCGACGCCCGCGUCUCACCCGCCUCCCUCGAUGAGAUCUUCGCCACGCUCAGCAACUUCGACCAACGCAUGGCGCAAUUCCACGGUGCGGGCGGCCACUCCUUCAAGUCGUCCGCAAACGCUGCAACCCGCGGACAUGGCGGUGCACGUUCCCGCGGCUGUUCCCGCGGUAGGGGGCGGUCUGGCGGCAGCGGCAACAACGGUGGGUGCUUCAACAACAAGGCUCGCCGCGGAGGCGGCGAAGACUCUGGUCGAUCUCACCCGGACUCGCCUCGCUGCCAGAUAUGUAGCAAGCCGGGCCACACCGCAAAAGACUGCUGGUACCGCUAUGACGAGGACGAGGAUGACUCUCAAGACGAUGACAAGGUCGCUGCAGUGGACGACGGCUCCUACGGCAUCGACACCAACUGGUAUGUCGAUAGCGGCGCCACCAACCACAUCACCAACAAACUUGAGAAGGUGACCAUGAAGGAAAGGUACCGUGGAAAGGAUCAAAUCCACACGGCCAGUGGAGAAGGAGAACUAGGUGAAACAAACACAGUUGAAGAAGCACUUGGUAAUGAGCAAUGGAAGAAAGCUAUGAAUGAAGAGAUUAAAAGAAAAUCUGAUGGAACCAUUGAUCGUUAUAAAGCUAGACUCGAUGCAAAGGACUUUAAACAGAGAUAUGGUAUAGACUAUGAAGACACGUUUAGUCCAGUUGUAAAAGCUGCUACCAUUCGUCUUGUCCUGUCUAUUGCUGUUUCUAGGGGCUGGAGUCUUAGACAGCUAGAUGUGCAGAACGCGUUCCUCCAUGGUGGUCUGGAAGAGGAAGGAGCAUAUGAGCUCGCGAGGAGAUACUCCGCGUCCCCUGCAAUAUCCUUUCAGUCUGGAGUAUAUGUCAUGAACUCUGUGUCAAUAUUUCCUAGACGCUCUUUCCUCUCCAUAAGUAAGAUCACCGGAUCAGCGUUCCCUUGCACGUUCUUCUACAGCGCAGCAACCUCCAGCACCGGCGCAAGCAGACGAGGCAGGGUGGCAGCGCUACCACGUACAAGGGCAGAGGAAGACGACCGUGGAGGCGACGCAGGUCACUUCGGCGAGCUGAACAUAUCCAAGAUGAGUAAUCCAUGUGAAUGCUGCCGGAUCAAGCUUAAGUUUCUAAGGCAGAUCAAUGGCAACUUCAUGCACAGCCUGGUCAUACCAGAGUGGUUUGUGAACCAAUUUGGAGGAAAGAUAUGGGGAACAGUCAGACUAGAAACCUCUGAUGGUAACAUGUAUGAUGUUGGAGUCACUGAGAGUAUGAACAGAACAAUCUUGAAGUCUGGAUGGUCAUCAUUUGUUGAUGCCAAUCAAAUAGAAGAGAACUAUUCAUUGAUGUUUCGAUACCUUGGAAAUGCCCGCUUUGAGGUUACAAUAUUUGAUUCCAAUGGUAAAGAGAAUACCUGGUGCUGUUCUGGGAUGAGAAAUGCCUCUGGUGUUCACAAGCCAAGCUCAUUUGAUGUUGAUAAUUCUAGUAGCCGUGGUGGUACUACUCAGUCUUCAGCAAGCGAAGGAUCAGAUUCAGAUGGAAGCCAGAAGGAAAGAUCUUAUUCUUCUGAAGAAUCGUCAGCAGAAGACAAUCUGUCUAUAGACAAUCCAGUGGAGUCCGAUGAUGUUAGGAAUUAUUAUGUCUUAUCAGGGCAGUGCGAUCUUACAGAAGCACAGGAGUUGAAAUUACAUGCAUUUGUACAGAAGAUUGGACCGGAAAUCCCUAUGCUUGUUGUACUGAUGAAGAAGAGUAAUGUGAAACGCAAUGGUGAUCUGGUAAUACGUAAGGAUUAUGCACACAAGUACUUGCCAUGCAAAGAUACAAAUAUCAUACUCCAGGUGCCUAGGAAGAACAAGGUUUGGGAGUGCAAGUUCCGUAUCAGGCCAUCUGGCUCGACUGAUGCUGGUCGGCGCAACCUUUCUUUGGGCGACUUUGUUGGUGACAAUCGCAUUAGGGAGGGCGAUAUCUGCCUCUUUGAUCCAAUGACAAAUGCUAAGCAGAAAAGAUUCACAAUGACAGUCCACAUCCUUGGCAAAUUGAGUAGUGGUCAUUCCACUGGAAGAACAACUGACAUUGGCUCUAAUCGUGGAAGGAGAAGCACCAAGAUGGGCAGUGUUAAGACCAAACCACCUAUCAAUGGUGAGGAGUACUCUUCACAACAUGAAGAGUGUGGUGUAUCUGAUAAUUCUGAAGAAUGUUCUGAGCCUCCCUUCAUGUUGCCUCACAGAUCUUGUCUAACACCAGCACAGGAGAACAAAGUACUGGAGAAAAUUAAAGACAUUGAGUCAGACUCAGAAUUGCCCUUUUAUGUUGCUAUCAUGGGCAAGAUCAAUGUAUGUCGGGGCAGCAGCCAUUACAUUGACCCUCCCAUCCUGAACUUUGGGUUUCGGUAUGCGGCUAGGUAUCUUGGCGAGAAGUUUGCUGCUGGCCAUCAUGGUGGCAAGUGUAAUGCAAUCAACUUAGUACUUCAGCGGGAGGGGAAGAGCAGACCAUGGCCUACCAAGCUGCGAUAUACACAUGUCAUGCGAGCCUCGAGCCAGCAGAUGAGGGUUAUCAAAGGAUGGCCGUCUUUCGCCCGCGACAACCGCCUGCGGGAGGGGGACCUCUGCCUCUUCAAGCUGAUGGAGAACGAGGAGCAGUUGACGAUGAUGGUCUACAUCAUUCGCCGUGAGAAAUGUUAGCCUGAAAGCAUGUCUUGCAUGCUUGCUGCUAUGAUGAUUUUGAACUUUGGGACUGCAAAACUGUGUGUGGUAGUGUGUCUUAUCUGCAAAAGGGGGAGCAGUACAUCAAGAAACUUAUAUGUUCAUCAUUAGACCAUUAUAUUGUUGGUUUCUUAGUUCUGUGAGGACUUUGUUAAUUUGAGAG